AUGUGGGCUCUCUCUCAUGCAAACCUCCCUCUCUGGGGGCUGCUGCUGCUGAUCUGGGCCCCAUGCAUACUUGGCCUCGAACCCCAGGCCAGAGGACACCUCUGCAGAACCCGGCCCACGGACCUGAUGUUUGUGGUGGACAGCUCCCGCAGCGUGCGGCCAGUGGAGUUUGAGAAGGUGAAGGUGUUCCUGUCGCAGGUCAUCGAGGCACUUGACGUGGGGCCCAAUGCCACGCGGGUCGGUGUGGUCAACUACGCGAGCACCGUGAAGCAGGAGUUCCCGUUGAGUGCCCAUGGCUCCAAGGCAGCACUGCUGCAGGCUGUGCACCGCAUCCGGCCGCUGUCCACCGGAACCAUGACCGGCCUGGCCAUCCAGUUCGCCAUCACCAAGGCCCUCAGCCAAGCUGAGGGCGGCCGCGCCAGGUCCCCCCACAUAAGCAAGGUGGUCAUCGUGGUGACGGACGGGAGGCCCCAGGACAGCGUGCGGGACGUGUCCGCCCAGGCUCGGGCCAAUGGCAUCGAGCUGUUUGCAAUCGGUGUGGGUCGCGUGGACAAGGCCACUCUGCGACAGAUCGCCAGCGAGCCCCAGGACGAGCACGUGGACUACGUGGAGAGCUACAAUGUCAUCGAGAAGCUGUCCAAGAAAUUCCAGGAGGCCUUCUGCUUGGUGUCAGACCUGUGUGCUACUGGAGAUCACGACUGCGAGCAGGUGUGUGUCAGCUCCCCAGGCUCCUACACCUGUGCGUGCCGAGAGGGCUUCACCUUGAACAGUGAUGGCAAGACCUGCAAUGUGUGCACUGGUGGUGGCAGCAGCUCAGCCACGGACCUGGUCUUUCUCAUUGAUGGAUCCAAGAGCGUGAGGCCAGAGAACUUUGAGCUGGUGAAGAAGUUCAUCAACCAGAUCGUGGAUACACUGGAUGUGUCGGACAAGCUGGCUCAGGUGGGGCUGGUGCAGUACUCCAGCUCUGUGCGCCAGGAGUUCCCUCUGGGCCGCUUCCACACCAAGAAGGACAUCAAGGCAGCAGUGCGCAGCAUGUCAUACAUGGAGAAAGGCACCAUGACAGGGGCCGCCCUCAAGUAUCUCAUUGACAAUUCCUUCACUGUGUCCAGUGGUGCCAGGCCUGGGGCCCAGAAGGUGGGCAUUGUCUUCACUGAUGGUCGGAGCCAGGACUACAUUAAUGAUGCAGCUAAGAAGGCCAAGGACCUUGGCUUUAGGAUGUUUGCUGUGGGCGUGGGCAAUGCUGUGGAGGAUGAGCUAAGAGAGAUUGCCUCAGAGCCUGUGGCAGAGCACUACUUCUACACUGCAGAUUUUAGGACCAUCAACCAGAUUGGCAAGAAGUUGCAGAAGAAGAUCUGUGUGGAGGAGGACCCUUGUGCCUGUGAGUCCAUUGUCAAAUUUCAGGGCAAAGUGGAGGAGCUGCUGCAGGCGCUGACCAGGAAACUGGAAGCUGUGAGUAAGCGGCUGGCGGUCCUGGAGAACAGAGUCAUCUAA